AUGUUUUGUCUCCUUUUUGAACUUUGUUUCUGCGAUAUCAAGUUUGAAAAACUUGACUAUCUUUUACCAUACAAAGAGCAAAAUUCUAAUAUAAAGCCAUCCUUUGUUGUUGAAUCCUCUGGAUCAACUUGCAUCGAAUGGGAGAAUGCAAAUCCAAAUCUUAUUAAUGUAAAUCCGAUUACAAAACAAGGUUCCUGCUCCAAAUUCGCUAAUAUAGAAGUUAUUGUUAGCGGAAAUGAUCGUAAAGUUGCUACUGUUUACGCAACAAAUAAGAAUGAUCGUAUUCCCCUUACAUUUUAUAUUAACAAAGUUAACAACAUUACAUUUAAGUCCAGUACUAAAUCAAUCUUCAUUGAAUCUGAUCCAAGAACGUUUGCUUUAGUUGGAUUUGAUGAACGUGGAAAUACAUUCGAUACAUUGAAUGGAUUGAAGUUUGAUAUCUCAAUAGAUAAAUCUCACCUUCGUGAAAUUACUCCAUCCGAAGAAAAUAUCAAAUUAAUCUCAUAUCAAAUCUCUGUCCAAGGAACAAAGAUUGGCAAGACAUAUAUCAAAGCUGUCGGUCCAAAAGUUCCAGAAACAACUCUUGAUUUGAUUGUUAUUGAGCCAAUUGGUAUUUUCCCAGGUCCAGUCCUUCAUGUACUUGAGAACCACACAAUUCCAUUCAAGCUCUGCUCAACAAGAGGUAUCAAUAAUGGAAAGGCUGAAAAGAAGUGCACAUAUGAAUUAUCAGGCGAUGUUCUCAAAAAAUACACAGUUUCUCUUUCAGAACCAAUUAUGACUCUUAGCGAUAAUUACGUUGGCCUUACAAAGAAGGUUGGUCAAACAGUUUUGACUGUUUCCGAUAAAGACGCCGAAGAUAAUGUUGCUACAGUUAUUAUCAACGUUGAAAGACCAACAAAGAUCAUCCAGCCCGAUUUAUACAUAGCUAUUGGUGAUACUCCAGUAUUUUCUCCUACAUUUAUCUGCCCACACGGAAGAAAUAUGGACAUUUUCUCUACAGUCUACUACAAGAUCGAUGGAAGCUGGAAUACAGUUGGCGCCCAUCUCAUUAAGUUCACUCAGGUUGAAAAUAGAUGGGAAUGCUGGGUUCAUGUCUGUGCUCCAAUCCAAAUUAAUCCAGAACUCCCUGUUUUACCAGUAGACAUCACAUACAACCUUAACAUAACUGGUGGCUCUGGUUUCUUCAGCUAUUCCCACAACGGACAUGGAAUUUUGUCAAAUUCUAAUAAUCAAGUCUCAACAUUCAGAGAAGGAAAGGUCACAUUCACAGUACAAGAUCUCAAGGUCCAAAAGUACUCAAAGACUAUUACGAUUAUCGUUUCCUACGCCAAAUCAUCUGAUAUUUUCAUUGAAAACACGGAAAUCUUAGUUGGAGCCAAAGUCGAAGCUUCCUGCCACUUCCUUGCCAUGGAAAGUCGUAAAUUCACCGUCCAACCGAACUCCAGAAUCAAAUCAGAUAAUCCAUCUGUUAUUACACAACAGUUAAUUGGUCUGAAAAGUGGCUUUUCCGGAUUGACAUGUACCGCUGAUGCCAUUUCCUCACAGAAUGGCCUUGUUUCUGUUUUAGAUAAAAUGACAGUUUUUGUUGAUGGCCUUGCCUCACCAAAUUCGACCAUCCCGCUUCGUAUUACAGGUGGUCCAUUGCAGUGGCCCAACUCAGAACCUCCUGUCAUCACUGUAGCGUGUCCAUCAAUUUCAUCACCGACAAUUUCGAACUUGAACAGGACAUUUUCAGCUUCCGACGUCUACACAGGCAACUGUGACAUCCAAGUCUUGAAUAAGAAGACAGCGCAGAACACAAAACCACUCCCAAUGUACUCUAAAUUCAAUAUUUCUGUAGUUUACGUCGAUCACUUCACUUUACAUUCAUCUGACCAUGAUGCACCAACAUUACCAGAAUGCCAAGCACCAAUACAGUCUCUUGAUGUCUUCCCUGUCCACACACAACCAGUUUCUCGCAUGACUAAAGGCCAUUCCGUGAGAAUUACAUCAGUUGCCAGAUCAUCUGAUGGCAGAAUCAUUAUUUACCACGACAGAUACACAGAGACAUUGUAUAUGAAUGACAGAGUUAUGAACACACUCCAUAACGACAAAUCCGGUGCAGAAUACACAGAUAUUGUUGCUGAAAACCAGAAAGGAAAAAUUGUUUCAAGAUCAGAGAAGUUUUCACAAGAAAUGGAAAUAGAUGUUUACGAGAAUUUGCAAAUAGAAGAUUCCAAGACAUUCUAUUUCACAGACAAGAAGAAUGGUACUCUCAAGAUCUACUCAGGAUCUGGUUUCUACCAAACAACAGAAAACUUCAAAUUCGAUGGAACAGUUUUCAAUCCACAGCUCAAAUCAGCUGGUGAUCACUCUUAUUAUAUACAAGAUAGAUGUACAAAACAAUCUACACAGAGGACAUUAACAGCUAUCUACGCAGAUAACUUAGUAAUUGAGUGUCCAAACGCUGUAAUAAUGAACAAACCAUUUAAUAUUACUGUCAUUCCAAGAUACGGAAAUCUUUUGAUCCCUGAAUCUUUCUUCGACAUUAUUGGUAUGAAUAUAGAAAACUCCCGUAAAAUUGGAAAGAACUUGUUCACUAUGACAUCCCAUAAAGUUGGUUUCUUAACUAUCAAGGCUACAACAAUUGAUGGUGUUUCUCAAACGAAAGAAGUCAAAGUUUUAGCGCCAAUCAUCGUUGAACCAUCAAAUAUCGUUUGUUUGCCACAUGAAACAAUCGAUUUGAAAGUUGUUUCUGGACCAACAGAUGUCGUUUUGAGCGGUUACGAUAGAAAGAUGAUAAGUUUGGCCGCAUUAACUGUCACUUCACUUUCACCUGGCAGGACACAAAUUGCUGUCAAAGCUGCCGGUGUUUUGGAUUUUGAGCCGUUUAUUGUAACCGUAACCGUCGCAAAACCGCUUGAUUUAGCUAUAACUCCUUCGACGGUUUUGCCAGUACAAAACGGUUUGAUGGAAAUUGAUGUCAUUGUUAUUACAAACUGCGGCAAUUUCACACCGAAAUACUGUGAAUACAAUGUACCUCAAAACUUCAAUUUCAUCAAAGUUUCUGAAGACAGAAUAAUUAUACAAUUAACUGCUUCGGGAAUUUUGUCUUUGACUACAAAAGCUUAUGGAGUCCAAAAAGUAACAACUCAUGAUGUUGAAGCCAAAUUAGAUUUACCAGAUUCUUUGAUUUUGCCACCUUUAUCUAAUUACAACCUCAAAUUGCCUCAAAACUCUAUCGUCACAACUUGUGGCACUUUUCAAAUGACGAUAAGUCAAAAUGGUCAGAUCAAGACCUCGAAAUUCCUUGAGAAAGGAAUCAUGAUUGUCACAUCCAAGUAUGGCCAGACAAAGGCAAUUGUUGUCCGUGUUGAAAUUCCUUCUUUGAUUUCAAUAGAAAAUGAGAAGAACUCAAAUCAAAUCAUUUGUAAUUUGCUCGAUAAAAACGGUUUGAAAUUUACAACUGACAACGGAGUUUUGUUCAAUUACAGCUUCGACAAUUCCCAGAAGAACAACACUAACUCACACGAGGCAUUGACAUUCUCUGAGAAGUUCUCAGUUGUCGCUUUCAAUCCUUCAUUCAGUUUGUCAUCAAAAGUGUUCAAACUGUUCAAUUUUAUCGUUCCUGACAGUCCUAUCGUUCUUCUUCAUUCUAAAUUGCAGAUGUCUACAUCAGAUGGACGCCAGACUAACUGGUUCUCAGAAUCACCUGUUGUCAAGUUCGGAUUCAACGGAACAAUGAAGGCAAAGAGAAGAGGAUCAACAAUGGUGUUUAAUUCUCUCGGAGGAAAGACAUUAGUCACUGUUGUUGAACUUGAGAAACUCCGAUUGGAUCUCGUCAGCGAGAACACAGUUGAAGUUGUUCCUAUCACAAACAUCGAGUCUGUUGACUGGUCAUCAAUUGAGAAACCAGACGACAUCCAGUUGAACUGUUACUUGAACAGAAGAAGCAGCGGAAUUAUCACUUCUGUUGUCAAUUCAAGUGGUUUGUACUGUCUCCUUGGAUCUAAAGUUUCUCAAUCUACAUUGACAGUUACAUUGAGUUCUAGGAAUAACAAGAUCGAGAAGACAGCCACAAAAUACAUCGAAGGUGGCGCAAAUUCACUUGGAAUUCCUAAUGGAUACAGUGUUAGAUUGAAUGAAGCAACACUUACUAAAGAGAUCAGACUGAACAGCACAGAGAAUGUCAGAGUUGUAUCAUCUCCAGAAUCAAUUAGAGUUUCUGUUGAUAAGAGUGGUGUUAUUGUAAUACAAGCACUGAAGAAAGAUGCAAGUGGAAUUGUUAAGUUGGAGAAUAUUGAUACUAAACAAACAGCAGAAAUUGAUGUUGUUUGGGAAAGUGGCGCCAAAAGUAACGAAGUACAAGUUCCUAAGAAGGCUAAGUACUACAUGUUCUACUUGAUGAUUAUGAUCCUCAUCGUUUCAUUGUACGUAAUUUUGGCUCAACUGGGUUUGAUCUAA